UAACAGUAGACCUGUUUCAUAUAUUUAUCAGAGUGAUACGUGAUGUUUUGUAUAAACAUAUACAUGUAUUUAUAUUAUAAUUCCUAACACAUGAAACAACAUUGAAAUCUAUGAUGAGACACAUUCUGUUUACAACACAAAGGCCUUUACUUUUGACGUCACGUGUUGUCUAGUUAAAUGGUUACAUGAAGGAUGCUGACAUUCGUUUGCUUUCACUGAUAAUACGUGACUUGAGUGUAAACUAGUUUUGAAACUUGAAAUACUCAGCCAAGCUUUAUGGCCAAGGACAACGACAAGGAAUAUCUUCAAUCGGAGGAAACCUGCUUGAUAGACGAAAAUGAUACCACGGAAAAACAAAAACUGAAAAGGAAAUAUACGACGGCUUCAAAAUGCAGAAGAACUGUUGUAUUUGUAUCAUGUAUUGUGCAGAUUAUUAUCUGCAGUGGGGUUGGAUACGGACUAAGUGUCAUGUAUGCAGAACUUGUGAUUGUGUUCAAUGCUAAGAGAGCGGAGGCUGCCGUGAUUCAGAGCCUUUUUAUGGGUCUUUCUGGCGUAAGUGGAAUUAUCUUCACAGGUAUGAUUCACAAAUUUGGACCCGGUGCCUGUAUAAUGUUUGGAGGUCUUGUCGGGUGCAUUGGUAUGUUUGUGUGUGCGUUUGCUCGUGGACUAAUUCUGAUAAUCCUCUGUACAGGAAUAGUAGCAGGAACAGCAUUUGGAUUAUGCUACUUAGCUGCUUUUGUAACAGUUGGUUGGAUGUUUAAGAAUUCUGCUAGUUUCUUCUUGAUUUGUCUAAUGGCUGGUAUUAGCAUAGGGCAGUUUAUUUUACCUCUCUUGUUUGAGUCUUUCAUCUCGCAAUAUUCUUGGUCCGGUGCUUUUAUUCUUGUCUCGGCUGUGUCACUGAACUGUAUACCUGGAGGACUUACAAUCCAUUAUUCCGAUAAAUUCUUCAUAAACACGAAAGAAAUGUCUGGAACAAAGUCUAAUGCGAAUUGUGAUGUAAACUUUCUAAAGGACAUUGUCAUGUGGAUUAUUUUGGUAAAUUGUCUGCUGAUUUCCAUGACAGUUAACGUUGAAGCCUGGUUUAUAGUCGAUCACAUGGUGACACGUGGAUUUACCCGUGAGUCCGGCUCGGUCUUAGUCUCUACAAUGGGUAUUGGUAGCUUGAUGGGUAGGGUUAGCGGAGCUUUGCUCAGACUUUACUGCAAGUGCCCAACAUUUUAUCACUGGGUAUACCUGUGUGUGAUUAUCGGAGGGUUACAUGCUGUAAUUAUCAACCUCAAUAACUUUUGGGCGCUGGUAGCUGCUUGUAUAGCAUAUGGUAUUACCUUCGCGACGACUGGUUCACAGAUUCCGGCAAUUAUGUUUGAGUCGGUCGGGCUGGAAAGAUAUCCUCAGGCGAUGGGAAUGGCAAAUCUACUGUGUGGUGUUGGUGAGUUAAUAGGCCCUUUUCUUGGAGGAUAUAUAUAUGAUAUAUUUGGUGUUUACGACACGGCAUUCUAUGCGGCGUCCGCUAUAAGUGCGUAUAUCAGUUUGGCCACGCUUUUUGCCGCUGUCCUGGUUAGAAGACGUAAUUUACGUGAGACAAGAACAAAAGUCGACACAAAAGUGAAAUACAAAACAAUAAAAUGAUAAAACACAUCUUGACAUGGAGCUUAAAGAUGUGCCAUCACACGAUCAAACAAAACAAAAACGAACUUGGUUUUAUUGAGUCUGUUCAUGCGGGGUUUGAUCGAGUCAGUCUUCAUUAAUAACCAGCAAAACCAUACUGCAUAUAUCCAUGCAACUCUGACAUUAGCAUCAGUUGGUGUACUGUAAGAGUUUGUAAAGUAUCUGGGCAAUCUGUGCGAAAUUUUAAAUGUUCUUUGUGGCAUAGAGUAAAUCUGUAACAAUAUUAUUAUAUAUAAUUAUGCUUUGUAUACUUUAUUCUGUCGCAGAAACAUGAAUAAACGUAUCGUUCGUCAUAAUGAUAAAACAUUACAAUCAAACAGUACAUCUGAUCACCUAUUAUACAGACCGUAGGCACAGUAGUUGUAGUUGUAGACCGUAUCAGUAUUUAUACAGACCGUAGGCACAGUAGUUGUAGUUGUAGACCGUAUCAGUUAUUAUACAGACCGUAGGCACAGUAGUUGUAGUUGUAGACCGUAUCAGUUAUUAUACAGACCGUAGGCACAGUAGUUGUAGUUGUAGACCGUAUCAGUUAUUAUACAGACCGUAGGCACAGUAGUUGUAGUUGUAGACCGUAUCAGUUAUUAUACAGACCGUAGGCACAGUAGUUGUAGUUGUAGACCGUAUCAGUUAUUAUACAGACCGUAGGCACAGUAGUUGUAGUUGUAGACCGUAUCAGUUAUUAUACAGACCGUAGGCACAGUAGUUGUAGUUGUAGACCGUAUCAGUUAUUAUACAGACCGUAGGCACAGUAGUUGUAGUUGUAGACCGUAUCAGUUAUUAUACAGACCGUAGGCACAGUAGUUGUAGUUGUAGACCGUAUCAGUUAUUAUACAGACCGUAGGCACAGUAGUUGUAGUUGUAGACCGUAUCAGUUAUUAUACAGACCGUAGGCACAGUAGUUGUAGUUGUAGACCGUAUCAGUUAUUAU